AUGUCGAGUGAAUGUCGAGCCUGUCAGGUGCUUUGUGGAGAUGAGACUGCUCAGGUGAUCCUGUGUUUGCAAGAGUCGCAGUUGACCGAUUCCGUUCAGCCGGGCAAGGUUCUGGCUGCAAGGAACUCUUCGAUAAGGAUGGUGGAGGGGUUCAUGCGCUUGACCAUCGAUGAAUUGGGCAAGCUUGACGUUGAGGUCAAGAGCAUCGAAAAGAUUGGGAAGACCAACCUCUCGCAGAUUGAGUACGAGCUUGUGGAGACAUAA